UACGGCACACCGGCAAACAUUCCUUACGCAUAACAAUCUCAACAAUUAUUGAUCCUUUUUAAAAGACUCAUAGACUGGCCUUAAUGAUCACCUGCAGCAGUUCCUUUGUACAUCGGGGAUAAAACGUCCGAGACAAAUAAACGGGUGAAAAAAAGGCGGCGGGGGUAAAGGGUGCACCCUGCUACCCUUACAGAUGUUCACCCCCGCUGGCCAACUGUGAUCUCGAAGCUCGUGCCGGAUUGUGGCACUAGCACACGUGCCACAUUAAAUUCUCCCCAGUUGAAUCUCCUUUACAAUCAUUCUUUGGAUUUCGCAAGAUCAUAGACGCUGGCGAACACAUGAUUUGCUUCUUAGUCCAGGUCGGAAAUUACAUUUGAUGUUUUAGACAUAUCGUUGUACAGAUUUCUCAAUUAAACAUGUGUUAAUCGUGAAACGUUGUGAGUUUUUUUUACUUUUAGUAGUCUCUAGUCAGUGUAUUCGAAUUUAAACUAGUGUUAUAUAUAACAAAGUCCAUUUUGGAUUUGCAUACACAUGUUUUUAGUGUUUGUUAAACCCUGCGCGUAACCUCCGGGAAUCUUUAAUUGAAGGCGAAAAAACCAAGAAAUUCAUUAACAAGGCCUUGUAAUAAUAUUCAAAAUUCAAAGUCCACUUAUGUCAGAAGAUAAACUGGCACUUGUCGUAACACAAAGGACCAUCGUUUCUUGGGAUCUCGCCUGUUUAUACAGCAGCGGACUUAAUUUUAGAUCAUAGACGCAACAAAGAGUUUACCGGCUCGGAAGUGGAAGAACAUUUGUUUGGAAGUGAUGAUUCGCCUCGGAUCGCUAGUUUUAAUAUUCGCUGUUUGGAUAUUGCUAAUAGCUUUAGUGCUCGGAGAUAUUACAGGUCCUAUAAAGGGAAUUUUACAGGAAAGCGGCGGAACAAUAAAAAAUGUAGAUCAUUUUUUAGAUUCAGUGAAUCAAGAUGCAAAAAUCCACCCAGCCGGCUUGGAAAAGUUAAACCAAAAUUUUAAAGCAGGGGAUGGUCUCGAUGAAGGAACUCCUCAGAUAGAAGUGCAGAGGGGAAAUGACGACAACUCUUAUUUCGUCAGUUUCGAGGAAGUCCGUGAAUCUUCAAGGAACAGUUCAAAUGUACUGACAGAAGAUGAAACUCGUAAGGCGAGAAAAGAACUGAUGAAACCAUAUCAUGAAAAAUUCCUAGCCGAAAUGAAAGCCCUUAGGGACAAGUUGUACGCCAAUAGAUCCAGGAGGCAGGGACAAUUAGUCAAAGGAGUUUCUGACUCGGAGAAUGAGCUGAGUUUCGAGCAGGGAGUGAACCAAUACGCUCUCCAAGCGGAAAACAUCGUCACUGAUAUAUAUCGUACUGCGAAUUCCAUAAGAAAACAGCUCGGGGUCGGCAGAAACGAAGUACCUUCUAAGUUUGUCAACACGGGCGAGGCGAACAAGACUCAAACCGCCAUCGACGAAAUACUCAGCGAUCUCAAGUACCAGCUGCGGAAGACCAUGGGUUGCAGAGGUUGUUACAAUCCACACCCAGAACUUUCCGAAUAUCUCGAAUGGCUCGUUCUCGACAACAGCUGUAAAUUAUGCGCCACCAAGUCUAAAACAAAGGACAAUUUCCGAUUUUUUCACCGCCGGUUGAAGAAGCCGAUACCAUGCACAAGAAAGUUGGCGGAACAGUCUUUAAAAAAGCCAGUUAGCAGAAACUAUGAAGCAGCGAAGUCGGUCUUGGAAGAUUACAUCAAUGAACAACAUUUUCGAAUACAGGACUAGUCUAGAACAGUCAUCUAUAAAUGAUUCAAUUACUUUGUAAAAUAAUGUAAUAUAUAUCGAUCA